GCAUCUGAUGAUGAAGACGAAGUGCACAAGAACACCACCCAGGUGCAGAAACGCAGGCGAAAACUUGUCACUUCGGAUGACGAGGAUGAAGUCGAUGAUGCAGCUGAUAGAAUCGCGGAUGAAGCUAAAGAGAAAGACGUUGCUGAGGCAAUAGCGGAAGAAGCAAAGUCAGCGGAAGAGGAAACAGAGAGCCUUACCCAUCUGCGGCGAGCCAUCAUUGACUCCGAUAGUGAUGAGAAUGUAGAAGAGCAAGAGGAAGUGGAUGAGGAGAGGAAAACUGCGGAAGACGAGACAGUUCUAGACGAGGAGCCAGAAGAAGAUGAAGACGAAGAAAUGGAAGAGACUGAAGAAGAGGAAGGCAAGGAGUUGGACACUGAAAAGAAAUCGAAAGAUUACAUUGAAGAAGAAGCUGAGGAUUCUGACGACGAACUGGCGGUGAUAAGAAGAUUAGAGAGGAAAGAGUUUGAGCGAAAAGCAAACCGCGAAAACUGGUUUGACGAUGAAGCCUCUCUAUCCGGUGACGAUGUAGGAAGUGAUGUCGAUGAAGAUGGGGACGUCGCUAAUGAGUAUGAAGCUGAAGAAGGUGAUGCGGACAAUCUUCCGGAUACCGAGGCCAUCAGAAGGCAAAAUCAUAGGCUGCUGCUGAAGCAGGAGCAAGAAAGGGAGCAUAAG